CUGCCGCUGCCGCCGGAGCCCGGGGCCCCGGGCGCCCAGCAGCCCCGCCGCGCGGCAGCCGGGGCCCCAGUCCUCGCCGCUCCGCCCGCUCGUCCACCCACCCUCCCCGAGGCGCCGCCGCGCAGAGUUGGCUGGCUAAGAAAUUGCCAAGGCAGCUGGAAUUACUGAGACACCCACAGAAAAGCAGGAAGACUACUACCGCUGCUGCUGCAAAAUGGCAGACGAUUGAGCUAGAGAGUACAGGCGGUGAAAGGAAAGCAGUAUUUCAAGGAGAAUUCGGUAAUUGAUGGUGGUCCCCUGCUGGGAGAGUUCAUUUGAAGCCGGCCCAUGGAAGAUCAAUGCUCGUGUUUGCUGAAGGUCUAGGAUUCCUUCGCUUUACUGUUUAAUUUACGGAAGAAUCCAGUUUUUCCCAUGAGUCAUCUUCCACCUCUGGGAAGGUAGAGGAGGAAAACAGGCUGCAUAAAUAGACCGGAGUUGUACAUCUCACCUAGAGCCAGAGGAGCAGAGCAGAGAGCAUGUCAGCAGAAGGCACUGAGCGGGUUGGAAGCGAGCACAGAGAAGUCCAAUAGAGUCCUGUAAAGUGCAACGUAGCUCAAGAUGAGUGGCCUUGGGGACAGCUCAACGGACCCUGCUAACCCGGACUCCCGCAAGAGGAAGGGGUCUCCGUGUGACACGUUGGCCCAGAGCAAUGAGAAGCGGCGCCGGGAGCAGGAGAACAAGUACUUGGAGGAGCUGGCAGAGCUGCUGUCAGCAAACAUCGGGGACAUCGACACCCUGAGCGUCAAACCAGACAAAUGCAAGAUCCUGAAAAAGACAGUCGACCAGAUCCAGCAGAUGAAGAGAUUGGAACAAGAGAAGGCAGCUGACGACGAUGUCCAGAAGUCCGACAUCUCCUCCAGCAGCCAAGGAGUGAUCGAGAAGGAAUCCCUGGGGCCUCUUCUCCUGGAGGCGCUGGAUGGCUUCUUCUUCGUCGUGAACCGGGAAGGGAGGAUCGUGUUCGUGUCCGAGAACGUGACCGGCUACCUGGGCUACAACCAGGAGGAGCUCAUGAACACCAGCGUCUACAGCAUCCUGCACGUGGGGGAUCACGCCGAGUUCGUCAAGAACCUGCUGCCCAAGUCUCUAGUGAACGGAGUUCCUUGGCCUCAAGAGGCGACCCGGCGCAACAGCCACACCUUCAGCUGCAGAAUGCUGAUCCGGCCCCCCGACGAGCCGGGCGCCGAGAACCAGGAGGCCCGCCAGCGCUACGAGGUGAUGCAGUGCUUCACAGUGUCCCAGCCCAAAUCCAUCAAAGAGGAAGGAGAAGAUUUCCAGUCGUGUCUGAUAUGCAUCGCGCGGAGAUUACCUCGACCCACAGCUGUCACCAGUACAGAGUCGUUCGUGACCAAGCAAGAUACUACAGGUAAAAUCAUCUCCAUCGACACCAGCUCCCUGCGAGCGGCAGGCAGAACUGGCUGGGAGGACCUGGUGCGGAAGUGCAUCUAUGCAUUCUUCCAGCCUCAGGGCAGAGAGCCGUCAUAUGCCAAGCAGCUAUUCCAAGAAGUGAUGACCCGCGGCACGGCCUUCAGUCCAUCCUACAGGUUUACGCUGAGCGACGGGACGGUGCUGAGCGCCCACACCAAGUGUAAGCUCUGCUACCCCCAGAGUCCUGAGAUGCAGCCCUUCAUCAUGGGCAUACACAUCAUCGACAGGGAUCACGGCAUGCUUUCUCCUCCAGAGAACGCGAACUCCGCCAUGCCCCUUCCGCGGGUCAGCCCCUCGCUGAACCCCAGCAUCUCCCCGGGGCAAGGCAUGGCCCUGCCACCCACCAUCCCUCCAUCCAACGGCAGCAUGUUGGCAACCAAUGUGAACCAGCAGCCAGGCUCCGGCCUCCACAGCAGCAAUUCCACCACCAGCCAGCCGAGCUUUGGGUGUUCCCCUGGGAGCCAGAUAGGAGCCAACGUUGCCUUAAGCCAGGGACAGGCGGGUCCCCAGAACAGUAACCACACUUUGAACCUCAACAGCUCGCCUAUGGGCAGCCCUGGCAUGACACCACCGCAGUUCAUGUCUCCCAGGCAUCGGGUUAGCCCAGGACUGGUCCCACGGCCCAGAGCGCCCAAUAACCCUUUCUCUCCCACCAUGCCCACCAUGCACUCCCCCGUGGGCAUGACCGGCAGCGGCUGCAGCAGCGGUGGAGGUGCAGGUGGCAGCGGCAGCCGGCCCUACCCCAGCGCUCCAAUGAACUCUAUGCAGGGGCUUGGCGACAGCCCCAGCACCCCCAUGGGCUACUCCACGCCACCGCCUGUCCUGCGGCAGAUGAGCAACCAGAACUCACCCGGGCGCCUUGCCAUGCAGCCCAUGAAAACAGAGUCGAAGGACAGCAAGGAGAUCGCCUCUAUCCUGAGUGAGAUGAUCCAAUCCGACAGCGGCUCCGGGGACAGCAAGCCUCUGGACUCAGCCAUGCUUCACGCCAGUGACAGGCUCUCGGAGGGCGAUGCCAAGGGCGCCCAGGCCACCAGCCACAAGCUGGUCCAGCUCUUGGCCAGCACAGCUGAGCAGCAGCUGCGGCAUGCCGAUGCCGACACUAGCUGCAAAGAUCCCUUGUCCUGUGCAGGGGCCAUGGGGACCCCGGCAUCCGGGAACCCUCCAAGCAGCACAUGUCCCUCCUCCCACAGCUCGCUGACGGAACGGCACAAGAUCUUGCAUCGGCUCCUGCAGGAAGGUAGCCCCUCCGACAUCACCACCUUGUCCAUGGAGCACGACAAGAAGGAGAAUGUGCCCAGCACACCCACCGCCCCCACCACACAGAGUCAGAUCCCGGGCACACCUGAGAUCAAACUGGAGCCAGAGGCCUUGAAGAAAAAGGACAUCAAGGAUCAUCAGCUCCUGCGCUACCUGCUGGACAAGGACGAGAAGGAGCUGGCUGCUGCCCCGGCCCUGAGCCUGGACGAUGUGAAGGUGAAAGUGGAGAAGACAGAGCAGAUGGACCCGUGCAAUACGACGCCAGCUCCGCUGACCAAACCUACAGCUGUGGAGGAAGUGAAGCUGGAAAACCAAGGCCAGCAGGGUCCUGGCUGUGGGCUGGUCGUGCCUUCUAGACGGCUGCCCCAGUCUCCUGGCUCGCUCCCUCAACAGGGCUGGAGCAGCUGUUACGCCUUGGUGGAAGCCAGGAGAUGCUCGUUUGCCGCCGACCUCGACCAGCUCGACCAGCUGCUGCCAUCGCUGGAGAAGGCGGCACAAAUGCCGGGCCUGUGCGGGCCAGACAGAACCGAGAGUGGCGUGGCAAUCAAACCCGAGAUGAUGGCAGCUCCGCUCCAGGCCAGCAGCACGGCAAGGACCCCCACGGGUCUCAAUCGAAUAUCCGAGCUGGAAUUGGGAGUUCCAGAUCACCAGUUUGGGCAGCCAGGAAUGGGCGACCAGCUUCCGUGGACAGACAACACCAUGGCCUCCAUGAAUCGAGGACCGUUGAACAAACCAGAAGACCAGUGCAUCACUUCCCAGCUGGACGAGCUGCUGUGCCCUCCCACGACGCCCGAGGGCCGAAACGACGAGAAAGCCCUCCUCGAGCAGCUCGUGUCCUUCCUGAGCGGCAAGGACGAGACAGAGCUGGCAGAGCUGGAUCGAGCGCUGGGGAUUGACAAGCUGGUCCAGGGAGGGGGGCUGGAAGCACUGACGGAGAGAUUCCAGCCCCAGCAAGUGACGCCGCCUCUCCUCAUGGAUCAGAAGCCCGGCAUGUAUCCCCAGCCUUACUCCUCCGCUCCCACCGCCAACCUCCCCGGCCCCUUCCCGGGCAUGGUCCGGCAGAAACCUUCCUUUGGGCCGAUGCCCGUCCAGGUACCUCCGCCCCGAGGGGCGUUCCCCACCAACAUGGGCAUGCAGCCGCGGCAAACCCUCAACAGGCCCCCGACGGCUCCCAACCAGCUGAGACUCCAGCUGCAGCAGCGGCUGCAGGGACAGCAGCAGUUGAUACACCAGAACCGGCAGGCCAUCCUGAACCAGUUUGCAGCCAGUUCCCCGGUCGGCAUCAACAUGAGGGCAGGCAUGCAGCAGCAGAUCACGCCACAGCCACCUCUGAAUGCCCAGAUGCUGGCCCAGCGCCAGCGAGAGCUGUACAGCCAGCAGCACCGGCAGAGGCAGCUCAUGCAGCAGCGCGCCCUCCUGAUGAGACAGCAGAGCUUUGGGAACAACCUCCCGCCCUCGGCCGGCCUCCCGGUGCAGAUCGGGGCUGCCCGCCUCCCCCAAGCGCCCCCACAGCAGUUCCCCUACCCUCCGAACUACGGUACGAGCCCUGGGAACCCGCCCACGUCCACCAGCCCCUUCUCACAGCUGGCAUCGAACCCUGAGGUGGCGCUGGCCAAUCGCAACAACAUGGUGAACCGGAGCAUGAUGGGCAGCGUCGGGGGGCAGUUCGGCGCUGGGAUGACCCCACAGAUGCAGCAGAACCUCUUCCAGUAUUCGGGAUCGGGCAUGGGCCAGCAGAACGAGCCCGGCUUCGCCCCCGCGCUCAGCCCCAGCAGCCCGCUGAUGUCGCCGCAGAUCCCUCCUUCCCAGAGCCCCAUGCUGCAGGCAGCCCCGCCGACCCCCGGGUACCAGUCCCCGGACAUGAAGACCUGGCAGCAAGGAACGAUGGGGAAUAACAACGUUUUCAGCCAAGCAGGGCAGAACCAGCCGGCACCUGCCCAGCAGGGGAUGUACAACAACGUGAGCAUCACCGUGUCCAUGGCAGGAGGGAACACCAACGUCCAGAACAUGAACCCCAUGGCUGGACAGAUGCAGAUGAACUCGCUGCAGAUGCCCGGGAUGAACUCCAUGUGCUCCGAGCAGGUAAAUGACCCGGCGCUGAGACCUGCGGGCCUUUACUGCAACCAGCUUUCCUCCACUGACCUUUUGAAAACAGAAGCAGACGGGGCGCAGCAGGUACAGCAGGUUCAGGUGUUCGCGGAUGUGCAGUGUACAGUGAAUCUGGUAGGCGGAGACCCUUACCUGAAUCAGCCUGGUCCCGUGGGCUCCCAGAAAAACGCAUCGGGUCCUCAGACCACGCAGGCCCAACAGAAGAGCCUCCUUCAGCAGCUACUGACUGAAUAACCCGCUUUUAAAGGAAUGUGAAAUUUAAAUAAUAAGACGUACAGAGAUAUAUAAAUAUAUAUAUUAUAUAUUUUUCUGAGAUUUUUGAUAUCUCAACCUGCAGCCAUUCUUCAGCUCGUAGUGUUUGGAGCAAAGAGGUGUUUUGUUUUUUUGUUGUUUUUUUUUUUUGUCAUUGUCGUUUUGUUUCGUUUGAGGGGUUUUUUCCCUUUCCCCGUUUUCUUUUUUUUUUUCCCCCCUUGUUUUUUUUUCUUUUCUUUUUGUAAAAGGCGUCGGACGUUGGCAAAGCGACGAGGCAGGACAGUCGGUUUCUUGAGCCAAAAUUACAGAUGAUUCUUAUUUUUGUAAUCAGUUGCUGGCUUCUUAAUCUGGACGAAGGUUUCUCGGGGCCGCGGGGGAGGGACGGGGAGAAGACUGCGUCGGACGAGACUGCGGCGGAAGGAGGAGGAUUCUCUCAGUUUCAGCUGGAUCUGUCACUGAUUCGUGCCUCGGCACCCCGGGGCGGACACGUGGAGGACUCGACGUCGGACUGUCAGAAACGGCCGUUUUUAUUCGCGCUUAAAACAACCAACCGACCUUCUCUCCCCUCUGCCCCAGCCCGCUCGUGCGUACAAUCAGCUUUUUCUAGCAAAAUCGUGAGUUUGUCAGUUUUAAAGAUAAAAAAAAAAACAGAGUAUUUUGACCCACCUUUUUUUCCAUGUUUUAUGCUGGUUUAAGGCCUCUCGGACGAGAGAGGCCCCAAAUGUGUAUAUUACAACGAGAGAGGGAAAAAAAAUAAAUAAAACGAGAAUAAAAAAGGCAAAAGAAAAAAAUAGGAAAAAAAAAAACAGUUUGGGGAAAAACUGCAAUAAUUUUUAGGGGGAAGGACGGGGGGUGGGGCCUGUCAAUUAUUGUAGAUACAAAUUUUCUGAUUAAAAAUUAAAUAAAAUUAAGCAGUCGGUUCUUUCUGCUUGGGUUGUGUUUAACCGCUGAGGUAGCAUAAACUAUUUAAAAUAACGAGGAUGAUAAAAUAAAAUAAUAAUAAGAGGAAGAAUUCAGUUACCUGCUGGGAGAUAGCUGCUUUUUUUUCCCCCUCCAGCCUCUCACUGUAAAUAGCUUGGGUCUCUUGUAUAAAUUUGGUUUUACUUUCCUUCUCUCUUUUAUUUGAGGAUUGCUCCUAAUCUCACGGCGUUCCUGACUUACAAGGGGGGCAGGGCUUUUCCCCCCCUCCCCUUCUUUCUCUCUCUUUCUACAAUUGCGCUGGUGUGUGGAAACCCUGUAGCUUUGUCGAUUUGAAUAUGCAAGUUAAAAAGCAACAAAGAAACCCCGUUGCCGGCUGCCGUUCUGUUGUGUCCUGCGCUGACGCCUGCCUCGCGCUUCUCGGGGGGCCCGCGAGCCCGGGGGCAGGUUUGAGGCUGCGGAGAGGCCUGGGCUUGGUGUUCGGAGGUGCCGAGAGCCUGCGGUUGCCUCGUAGAGUCCGUGGGAGCGCAGGAGCGCUCGGCCCCUAUGCAAAGGCCAUUGAGGGUGGGUUCGGUCUGCCCCAGAGGGACACCAUGUCCAGGAGAUUGGGGGGUGCCUUUGCAGUGGCUUGAAUGGGAGCUGUGCCCGCAGGGGAUUUGCUUGAUGCCAUCAAUAGAGACAAGAGGGGGGUCCCUUCCUGCAGAGCCGCCAGCAGCCACAGAGCCCUUCUUGGCCCCGUCUGCUGCCCCCUCGGCUCCAGUCACCCCCGGUCCUGCCCCCUGCAGCAGAUCCCUCCCCGAGGAAGGAGCUAAGGUAGAGGAGGAGGGCGUGGGGCUGGGUGUUGGGUCUGUCUCCUGGACUGCCUGUGGGAGGGCAGAGGGAGAUGGACCUGGAGCCACAGCUGGGCUGGAACAGAGAAUAAACACUGCCAAGGCCCAGGUCAGAUCUGGCCCUACCCUCAGCUGGACUUCAAGCAAAGCUACCACGCAGCACAGCGCCUGCCCUGGCCGGGAAGACACAGAGUGACAUCCCAGUGCCCCAGGGCUAUGCUCCCUGCCCCCCGCAGCACUGAGACGUGGCCCUGGCAGGCUGUUUGCUGUGUGCUGCAGGUCACUCUUCUCCCUUUGGCCUUUUUCCUCCGGAGGCAGAAGAGCUGUAGCUGCAGAUGCAGGAAACGAAGCCCUGGGAGGCCGGUCUGCAGAGCUCUGAGCCACAGCCCCAAGGUGUGAGCUGGGCUAGCUCCUCGCAAGAGAGUCCCUGGGCUACAUGGAGAAGCCUUGUGACUUGGGCUCCAGCUGCCCCUUCCUCCCAGCACACCCCUUGCAGUGCAGCUGUUGCUUUCACUGCUGGGCAUUGAGCUUGGGUACAAGUGGAGGAGAGAAAUGCAGCUUUAAAACCAUCCAAAGCGUGUGUGUGUGAAUGCUAUUGCCUUGUUUGCUGCCCAAAUGCAGCUGCCUCUGGAGUGUAACACAGCAUAGAGAGAGUAGUCCUCAGUGCCCCUUCGCAACAGGGCCGGAGCAAACCAGGUACUGUGCAGGGAUAAAUCACUAGAUGGUUUCUGGGUAGGAAUGCAAUUAUUGCUGCCAAGAUUUGGCCAAACUCCAGGAUUAACAGUCUGUUCUUGCAAGAAAGUGCUGAGGGAGCUUCUCGUGACACCGUGUACUCAGGACCCGGGCUUUGGGGUUAAUUCAGACGAUGGAGACAUCCGUCAGCCGGCUCUGGUGGUAGCUGUCCCAGACCCCUUCGGUGCUGGCUGUCUCUGGUCUCAGCCCACCCAGAAGCUUUCCCACUCUGCGCUCAUUCCCAAGCACCCCCUCUUCAGCCCAACAGCGGUGCCCAGGCUGCGCGGAGAUGAACCGACCCUCCUUUCCCCUUUGCUCUACCCCAAGGAUCAGCUCCAACCAGCUACACGUGAGGAGCACAGACGAGGAGAUGUUCAAGGGUUUUCUCUGGUUACCAAAACCCCCAGUAGAAAUGGCAGCGCAGCAACAAAGCUCUAACAACCCUCCGUGCCCGUGAGGUGGCUGCCAGACUUGCCCCGCUACAAGGACAUGCCUCGCCUAGGGGCAGCCUGGCCAAAGCAGCUGUCAGAAGGGAGCCAGCAAAACAGCCAAGGGUGUUGGGCCAGGCCUGAAGGUGCUGACGUUGUCACCCGGCCCCGGCCCUGUGCUUGGACCAUAGGGCACAUCGCCAGACACAACCACCCUGCUGGAAUGAGUCCAGCCUUCAGUGGACAGAAAACCCUUUCCUCUGCCCGUGCAGUGGCAGCAUUCAGAGCACGGAGCACCCAAGGGACGCAAGGCAGGAUAAAGUUGACAUUGCCCAGGUGCCUGGGAGCUGUCCACUGUAUCCAGGCAAAGGGCCAGAGCCAGGUGGCAUUUCGUGGGGGUCCCGUGCAUCCACGGUUGCUAUCCCUGUUGGCUCCUGGAGUCACCUCCCUCCUCACUCACCCUGCUGUGGAUGUCCUAUAACAGCAUGUGGCUCCACAGAAGACCUGGACGCAGCCUUUGCACCGUGUGGACGUCCCAGCCAUCUCCCUCCAUCAGGGCCCGUCACGUGGAUCCUCCAGUCCUGCAGCAGUGGGAGGUACUCAGGUGACUCUUAAACCGUGCAAAAGACCCAGCUGUGUCCUGCCGGAAGCUCCCAGUGCAGCCCGGGGCACGCUCUGAUCUCGGUGUGAAGACUGAAGGGGCCGCAGUAGGAGACCAGUGGAGCUCCCUCAAUACAACGCAUUUUAACCCAGGCCACAGCUUCAGAGCAGGGACCAAGUCCAGAGCCUCCUGGGAGGGUGGAAAUGCGGUGUGACCUAAUGCAAGGCACUUGUAUUGUCCCCUCUGCAUGUGGAGCCCUUCCCCUCCGGGCCUUGGGACCAGUUCCUCAGGCCCCACUUCCCUCAGUGGGGAAAGCUGGGGGCUGAGGUCCCAAAGUUUGCUUUCUUUUUCUUGACCAGACCCUGUUGCUGACUGCUGCCUGGCAGGGAACCUAGGGGUCAGGAGACCCAGUUCCCAGUGCUGCCCCGGUGGCCUGGGAUCUACAAGCACCUCUGCAGGGAGACGAAGCUCUUCGAACUGGCAGGCAAGGGCCGGAGGAUGCCCAGAGGAAGCGCCUGCAUCUCUGCCUCUCGAUGUCAUCAAGCCCAGGCCAGAUUCAAACCAAGUUGAGUUGGGCUGGAUGGCCCCUUCUCACUUUAAACUCCGUGAGCCCAAAGACACCCAGGCCCCAUGUUUCCAGCGGCCUCUGAGCCUGGCUGCUGUGAUUGCUGAGCUCCCCUGCGGCGAUUCUGGCUCUGCCUCAAGCUUCAUUGGGUACCGGGAAUGGCGGCGCCUUCCAGUAGAGGCUGCUUUUCCCAACAUGGAGCCUGACUUCCUGCCUCAGUUUGCAUACCAGGACUCGUUAGUUAAUUCCUUGUAUUCCCGCGCUACAUGCCAUGGGCUGAGCACAGCCCACGUGUGGCUCCCUACCCAGUCAGCACGCUCGGGGCAGCCUAGGAGUGAGGAGUUGUCAGUGUCGGGGGUCUCUCGGCUGGUGAUGUUCUGAGAGAGGUGGCGGAGCCUGCAGCAGGGUCAGCGCAACAUCUGCUUGUCGGGGGUGCUGCAGCCACCGUGGUGAGGCUCUGGUAGAGCGACCCGUGGAUGGAAGAGGCCGUGGAACAGAGGAGAACAACAGGUACACCGUGACCAUUCAUGCUCGCACCGUUCUUCCCCCGUUCUCCCAGGUGUGAAGCCAGAGAGCUCAGCAAAGGGUUGUUCCCUUCCUCCUGCUUAGCCAAGCCAAAGACAGCCCUGGCUGGGGCGGGGUGGGGAGAAGGCAGGUGGGGGAAGAGGGUAGCCCUCAGGUUAUGUGAGCGCUGAUGGCUCUGGGUGGAGUCCACAUAGGGGCUGAAAGCGGCCUCACCCAGGCAUGAUAACAGCAGCCGGGUCAGUAGCAGGCUCUGUGCCCAGCCCCUUUGCGAUGCAGAGUCAAGGCAGGUGUGAUGAACUGAAGGCUUUCCCCGACCCUCUGUUUCCCCCAGUGCAGCUUUGCUCCGGCUGGCUUGGGGAGACGUUCUCGGUGGUGUCUUCGAUGUCAACACCCCGAGGCUCCCUCCCUUCCCUGCAUCAUCUCCAGCAGGGCUGGCAUGAGUGGUUUGAUGAGUUCAGGGUCCAUGGUGCAGACCCUCUGGAGGAGCGUGCUAACAACACCCUGUCAUGAACAGCAGUCACUGGACGAGAUGGACGAGCAGAGAGGAUGGGCUGGGCUAGACACGGUGUGCUGCUCCAGAUCACGUGUGGAGGGUGCACACAGUGCAGCGAGAAGUUUGUCAGCUUGUUCCUCAGCUGCAACAUGUGCAGCUCCUGCCCCAAAAGGCAGCAAUGUGAGGAUCAGGGUCUCCUCUUCCACUCCUUGCGGGAAGCAAUCAACCAGUCGCCAGUCAGCCAAUCAACCAGCAAUGCACCAGGCCUCGUAUGCUCCAAUCUACCCUGCUGGGGUCAGGGAUUCGUGGCCGUCAGCCUGGCAGGCUUCCCUCCCAAUUUAGGCCUCCCACUGUUUAGCUUUGGGGACACUGUGUACCAUCGUGCAGCUGAAACUACGCAAGCCCCAGGCCGUUGCUGGUGGGCAGGAAUGGGCCAUGGGGGCAGGGGGUUGUGAGCCAGGGGAACCUGCCAGCGCAGGGAUUGCUGUGCAGCAGGAGGGUGUGAAUGGACAGAUCUGUGGUGAGGGCCUGCACCCACGUGGCCCAAAGGCCACGUAUCUACAGAUGCCCCUCAUGCACCAGCUCAGAGUCCCCCACCGUGUUCAACAGUGACAACAGCAAUCACCUCCUUCCCAGCAGCUGCAGUCAAUGCACAGCCCUCGCCAGACCUCCAGCACAAGCUGGGUCCUGACUGACCCCCUCCUGGGGCUCGUGAGCAGGCUUGGAGCCAGGGGAGCUGCUUUCCUCGCAUGGAGACUUCCAGGGCACUGGAAGCUGGUUGAUGUCCCUCCCUCCCUUGGUGCCACCUGUAUGGCUUCAGGGCAUAAGAGCUCAGGCCAGCUUCCCAGAGAUCUCCGUUUGAGAGCUUCACACCUGAAUGGUGCUGCCGCUGCUUCCAUCAUUUUUGCCCAUGGUUUCUCAAACCAUCUCUUCUGCUCUUAUAAAAGUAUCCCCAGAGCCUGCCAGGCUGGCCCCUGCCUGCACUGAUCCCAGGCUGAGGUGCAGCAGCUGUAAGCCCAUUGAGUAGCUGAUUUGUGUCCUGGCUUUUCAUGGCAACCCAGAAAGCAGUGGGUUUCUGUGCUUUCUGGCUGCUUAAUGGCGAUAAAUGGAAGGGGAGGAAGCCUGAUGGGUCUCCCCGCCUCUCGUUAGUUUUGCACGUGGUUGGUCCCUGGGAGAUGAAGGAGUCUUAGGACUAUGGAGUGGUAGGGACUGUAGCAAGGGAAACAAGAUUCCUGGAGGAGAAGGAAGGAUUUCAACUUAGCUUGUUCGACACCGCUUUUGUUUGCAGCUGUUGUGUUAAAGCCUUCUCUCCCUCACGCUUGCACCCACAUUCCUGCUCAUGCAUGACCCUAGCUGUCCACCAGCUAAGUGCUUGGGGAGUCCUCAGUGGUUGUGCCAACCUUCUCCGAGAAGGACAACCGCAGACACAAGAGCAGACAAUCCCGACAGCCCUGAGGGCAGAGGUUCCUCUUUAUGGAGUUACAGACCACCUGUAAGGCAGAGUCUCAGGCUUAAUACCUGCAGAGAGACAUUUCCCUCAUUCCUAGAUGGGCCCGGGAGCCUUGUAGGCCGCUGUCCUUCUCUCUUUCCUUCUUGCCUCAGUUGCUGCUGGCUGGAAAACAGUUCCACCACCAUGUGCUAGUGACACCCUUUCCAGCCGCCCGCUUCCACCUCCUCAAGGGCAGGCAGAGGCCAGGGGCCGUGCCAGCUCCAAACACAGCCCUAGUGGGGAAGCCAGCAGCUGGACCCAGGCUCCGAGGCUCUGCUUAUCCUAGCAGGUUCAGCUGGUGGAGAUGACAAUAUAGACUAGGAUGCAGGUAUCAUGAUGGGCAAACGAAUGCCCCAGAAUCCAGUCUACACCACAGCGCUCAGGGCUGGGAGGAAUUGCAGCUGUAAGCUUUGCUGCAGCGCCGGGGGUCCUCUCGGGUCUCUCUCUGCAGGUCUCUAAACUGGGGCUGGGCUCUGCAAUCUGGUAAUGCCACUGGUGUCAGGAGUUAGCAAGGCGUGAGCAUGGAGGCCAGCCAUCCUGGCGCUCUCGCUCUCCAGAUGCCACCCUUAUGGACUACUGCCUGCUCUCAGACAACCAGCCCAGCCUGUCCCCAUUCUCCGUGGGGGACUGAGCCUCUUGGCUUUGAAACACAAAGGCUUUUCUGCCCAGGAAGUUUCUCCUGGACAGAUUUAUCGUCCAGCUGGCGUGGGAUCACUGCACCCAUUCAAGCCACGGUGUCACAGUAACAGCCCCACGUGCUCCGGCCAUUGGCCUCACAGCCCGUUUGGCAGCUGGGGCAGGGCUGAGUGGGUCUUUGGUCCCUGCGGGCUGGCCUGGAGCAAGCUGAAUACCUCGGGCCUUUCUGGGAGCCCGUCCUGCUUGUGUCCAAAUCCAAAGCUUCAACGGGGGCAAAGGUGGUGGUGCUGAUUGAACCUGGAUGUAGGAAGGGGCCUGGCCUAUUCAGUAGACAUCGGUCAUGCCCACGGCCGCCUGUGGCUGAUGUCACGGUGCACCACGAGUGUGUUAGGCUCUCUGGGGAUGUUGGACCAUGGUUUUGAACCAGGAAGUUGCAGGGCUUUCUCCAUCCCCCAGUCCCUGCUUCUUCCCUCUGGUUAGCACGACCCUGGGGGGAACAGCUCAGGGCUUCAGGGAAUGGAGAAGCAUGAAGCCGCGCGCCCUGCCAGCCCGCUCCUUCCCAGGCUCGCAGGACUGGGGCAGCUCCUGGGUUACGCUCCGGCGCGGAGAACCAGGCACCCGAGAGCAUAGAGGUUGCUUUAGAAAACGCCGCAGAGCCCAGGCUUCGUAAUGCUUUGGGCUGCUCCGUCGGUGCCCUCCAGCAGGCUCCUACCCGCGGGGCACUGACAUCGCAGGGUUGUUUUUAAUUAUCUGAAUAUCUAUUAGCGAAUGAAGCUCUGCUCUGGUUUGGCUCCGGCUAGAAAACCACUGCGCUGGGACGGAGCCGUCUUCAGAAAGCUGAAGGCCUAGUAGAUCGGUUUUUAAUUGAAAAGAAACCAGCCGAACACGCACCUCCUCCGUAGGUUUCCUCUGCUCCGCCACGCCGGAGACGGGAACUUGCUUCAUCGCGCGUUUAGCCGCUCUCCUCGGCAACGAGGUAUUUCGAGAGCAAUUUUGUCUUUUCCUUUUUCUUUUCUUCUUUUUUCUUUGAAACUGUGUGACACUUGUUUGGGAUAUUUUUUACUGUAUUUAAAAAAAGAGGCCUAAACAAAGCAAGGCCAUUUACAAGUUUCUCGAGCAGGUUGACUUACUCUUGCUUUCUGUUCUCUUCCUGGCUUUCUUCAGUGUUUAAUUAUGCUGUUUAUUGUAAAUAAAGUCAUUUCAAACUUG